UCAGAGCUCAGAGACUCCCAAAAAAAGACGCUGCAUCAUGAGGCCUACACUUGGUACGUUCCCCUCUGAUCCCUCUCUUAAAGCCUAAACAGCAGCUGGCCAGAUUAGAAAGGAGAGGACGGGGAAACACACACACAUCGUCUCCAGUUAAGACUACAUUACUCUUUCAAUUUGUACAGUUCUCCUUGGCAUGGAUCAAUAUUUCUGGACUUGAUCCCCUCAGUUUAUUGAUCUCCAGCAGCUUUAAUCUCCAAACCUGGACAUUCUACACACUUUAUUCUAGUUAAUUGCCGGCUGGAUUCUCCUGAUCAGGCUUUGGACAUGAGCUGUUUUGGGUAUCGCCGGGAGCUGAGUAAGUAUGAAGAUGUCGAUGAGGACGAGCUGCUGGCUUCACUUAGCCCGGAGGAGCUGGCUGAGCUGGAGAAAGAGUUGGCGGACAUUGAUCCUGACGCCAACGUGCCCAUCGGACACAGACAGAGGGACCAGACGGAUAAAACUCCAACAGGGACUUUCAGCAGAGAGGCUCUGAUGAAGUACUGGGAAAACGAGACACGUAGACUACUGGAGAACGAGAUAGGAGGAGGAAGCCCCAAACCAGAUGAAGAACAAGAGGAGGGCAGCUUGACACGAGACAGAGAAGAGGAGGAAGAACAAAAUGACGAGAAUGAGAAAGAACGUAAAAUAAAUGAACAUUCAAAAGAAAAAGAUGAGGAUGAAGAUGAAAGUAGUGAUGAGGAAGAAGAAGAAGAAGAAGAAGAAGAAGAAGAAGAAGAGGAGGAGGAAAGUGAGGAAGAAGAGGAACCUGUAACAGAAGAAGAAGAGGAGGAGGAAGAAGAUAAUAAAUCCAAACCUGAACCAGUGAUCGAUUCAAAUUCACUCAAAACCAACAAACCAACGUUUCUCAAGCUUCAGAGGGCGGAGCCUAUCCAGCUGAUCCCUCCUCCUCCUCCUCCUCCACCUGUUGACCUAAAUGCAAAUGGGAACCCAACUGUUAUUGAUGACGCUUUUCAGCGAGUCCUCAGCAACGACCUCCAACUCACAGAGCUUAAUCUGAACAACAUCGACGACAUCUCACAGGAAACUCUUGUUCGAUUUGCUGAAGCCCUGAGAUCCAACACCCACGUACGAGUCUUCAGCCUCGCGAACACCAGGGCCGAUGACUACGUGGCUCUGGCCAUUGCUAAGAUGCUGAAGGAGAACUCGUCCAUCACCAGUCUGAAUAUAGAGUCCAACUAUGUGAGUGGGAAGGGCGUGAUGGCGCUGGUUCAAGCACUCCCUGGGAACAGCACCCUGACGGAGCUUCGGUUCCACAACCAGAGGCACAUGUGUGGCGGACAGGUGGAAAUGGAGAUGGUGAAGGUUCUGAGGGAAAACUACACUUUGAUCAAACUGGGUUAUCAGUUUAAUCUUCCUGGUCCCAGAAUGAGCAUGACUGGGAUUCUCACCAGGAACCAGGACCGGCAGAGGCAGAAACGACUGCAGGAGCAAAGGCAGCAGCAGGGGGUGCAAGAUGGAGCUGUGAACCCUCGGACAUCUGCACUGAGAGGAACACCUGGUUCAUCACCCUACAGUUCCCCCUGGUCCUCCCCCAAACUACCCCGAAACGACAUGGUCAAAAAGCAAACUCCCCCCGCGCCACCCCCUCCUCCUCCCCCACCCCCUCCACCCCCACCCCCUCCUCCCCCUCCACCAGCUCUCCCACAGCAAGAGAAGAAGAAGCCCACCAGGAUGAUCGCGGAGGUCAUCAAGGCCCACGAGGCGGGAAGCAAAAAAAUGUCUAAAUCAAAAAGCAAGAAGGGUAAGAAGACGGGGAAGGAUGAAACGAGGAGCAUCCUGAAGGAGCUCAAGAACACCUUGAGACCCGUGUCGGCGGAGAAGAGAGGGGAGGAGGGCAGCAGGCCAUCCACGCCGAUGAGGUCUGCCCACGAUCAGCUGAUGGAGUCCAUCCGUAACAGCAGCAUCCGCAGCCUGAGACGGGUGGAGGUGCCGCGUCAUCUACAAUAAGAAAGCAGAGACUAACUUGGUUGAAGCGUGAAAGACGAAGAUGUGUGAUUUCUGAGAAAAUAAAUCAGAAUUUAAAGGAUUUAAUUCAGGAAAUUUGCACGUUAUUCACACUAGAAAAAGAAUUUGAUGUUAUUUUCAGAUAUAGUGACGACUUUGUUUACUUUCUAAUUGUAUGGAAUAUUGUAAAUAUGUUGUUGAUGGAACUGUAUGGAUUUCUAAUUAUAGCCAUAACAUUUUUUAAA